AUGGCGACUCAGGUUGAUCCACCAAACGGAGUCAAGAAUCAAGGGAAGCAUUACGUCCCUAUCAAACCUAUAAGCCGAGGAGCAUACGGUGUAGUCUGCUCAUCUGUUAACAAAGAGACUAACGAGAGAGUAGCGAUCAAGAAGAUCCACAAUGGGUUUGAGAACAAGAUCGAUGCGUUGUAUGAGUUACAUCGAGGGCUUAAGUAUAUUCAUUCAGCCAACUUUCUCCAUCGGGAUUUGAAACCAGCAUUGAUCUGCUUCAGAAGUCAGAAGAUGCUCGUUCUUGACCCGCCUAAGAGGAUUAGUGUCACGGAAGGGCUUCAGCAUCCUUACUUUGCACCUUUAUAUGACCCGAGUUCAAAUCCUUCUGCUCAAGUUCCUAUUGAUCUUGAUGUAGAUGAAGACCAGGAUUUGGGGGCAUUUUUUUUUAAAUCGGUUUUGAAAGCUUAA